ACAUGGCCGACGGGGACGACGGCUCCCCGGCGGGGCGGGAGUCCGGCCCGCGGUCCGAGCCAGGCGAGGACUUCGAGAUCGUGGAGCGCGGUCAGCUGCCGAGCCCGAGCGAGCUGCGGAGCGCGGCCAAGCCGCGGACGGCGGCGGCCGAGGGCUGGUCGGCGCCCAUCCUGAGCCUGGCGCGCAAGGCCACCGGGAACCUGUCGGCGAGCUGCGGGCACGCGCUGCGCGCGGCCGCGGGACUGAGCGGCGCGGACGGCGGCGCGGAUGGGGCGGCGCGCGCAGCUUCCAAGGGCCAGAUGAUGGAGGAGCGAGCCAACCUGAUGCACAUGAUGAAACUUAGCGUGAAGGUCUUGCUGCAGUCCGCGCUGAGCUUGGGCCGGAGCCUGGACGCCGACCAUGCCCCGCUGCAGCAGUUCUUCGUGGUGAUGGAGCACUGCCUCAAACACGGGCUGAAAGUUAAGAAGAGUUUUAUUGGCCAAAAUAAAUCUUUCUUUGGUCCUUUGGAGCUGGUGGAGAAGCUCUGUCCAGAAGCAUCAGAGAUAGCUACUAGUGUCAGAAAUCUGCCAGAAUUAAAGACGGCUGUGGGGAGAGGCAGAGCUUGGCUUUAUCUUGCACUCAUGCAAAAGAAACUGGCAGAUUAUCUGAAAGUUCUCAUAGACAAUAAACACCUCCUGAGUGAGUUCUAUGAGCCUGAGGCACUGAUGAUGGAGGAAGAAGGCACGGUGAUUGUCGGCCUGCUGGUCGGACUCAAUGUUCUUGAUGCCAAUCUCUGCUUGAAAGGCGAAGACCUGGACUCUCAGGUUGGAGUGAUCGAUUUUUCCAUCUACCUCAAGGACGUGCAGGAUCUUGAUGGAAGCAAAGAGCAUGAAAGGAUUACUGAUGUCCUUGAUCAAAAAAAUUACGUGGAAGAACUGAACCGGCAUUUAAGCUGCACAGUUGGGGAUCUUCAAGCAAAAAUCGAUGGCUUAGAAAAGACGAACUCAAAGCUUCAAGAAGAGCUUUCAGCUGCAACUGACCGAAUUUGUUCACUUGAAGAAGAACAGCAGCAAUUAAGAGAACAAAAUGAAUUAAUCCGGGAAAGAAGUGAGAAGAGUGUGGAGAUAACAAAGCAAGAUACCAAAGUUGAGCUGGAGACCUAUAAGCAGACCCGGCAAGGUCUGGAUGAAAUGUACAGCGACGUGUGGAAGCAACUCAAGGAGGAGAAGAGGGUCCGACUGGAACUGGAAAAAGAACUGGAGUUACAAAUUGGAAUGAAGACAGAGAUGGAAAUUGCAAUGAAAUUACUGGAAAAGGAUACCCAUGAGAAGCAGGACACCCUUGUUGCCCUCCGCCAGCAGCUGGAAGAAGUCAAAGCAAUUAACUUACAGAUGUUUCACAAAGUGCAGGACGCCGAGAGCAACUUACAGCAGAAGAAUGAUGCCAUCACAUCUUUUGAGGGAAAAACCAACCAAGUUAUGUCUAGCAUGAAGCAGCUGGAAGAAAGGUUGUAUCUCUCGGACCAGGCAAGACGGGGUGCUGAAGAGCGGAGCCGCAAGCUGCAGCAGGAACUAGGCAGCCGGGUGGGCGCCCUGCAACUGCAACUCUCCCAGCUGCACGAGCAAUGCUCCAGUCUGGAGAAAGAGCUGAAAUCAGAGAAAGAACAAAGGCAAGCCCUGCAGCGAGAACUGCAGCAAGAGAAGGACACCUGCUCACUGCUCCGCACAGAGCUGCAGCAAGUGGAAGGACUGAAAAAGGAGCUGCGGGGGCUCCAGGAUGAGAAGGCCGAGUUGCAGAAGAUCUGUGAAGAGCAAGAGCAAGCCCUCCAGGAAAUGGGACUGCACCUCAGCCAAUCCAAGCUGAAGAUGGAAGACAUCAAGGAAGUAAACAAAGCCCUGAAGGGCCACACGUGGCUGAAGGAUGACGAAGCAACACACUGUAAGCAGUGUGAAAAGGAGUUCUCCAUUUCUCGAAGAAAGCAUCACUGUCGCAACUGUGGCCACAUCUUCUGCAGCAGCUGCUCUAGCAAUGAGUUGGCCCUGCCCUCCUACCCCAAGCCAGUGCGCGUGUGCGACAGCUGCCACACCCUGCUCCUGCAGCGCUGCUCUUCCACCACCUCCUGACCACCCUCCUGGGUAAUAGGCAGCCUCAGCAGCACUGCCCAGGUGUGGACCUCCAGGCUAAAGGGCCCAUCAUGCCAGGACUGGAAGCUGUGUGUCUGUCUGCCGCCUGUGGAAGUAACUCCUCUGGGUUCUCAGCUCUUUCAUCAUCCUGGAUAUAUCGCUGGUUUUGGUUCAAAUGGAAUGAUUUUGCUGUCAUUUUUCACUUCUCCAAGAAUUAAUCACAAUUGUUGCAGCAGUUGUGCCAAUUUCUCUUCUCCUGGCCCACCUUUGAGUUUGUGCGCAGUGCUUUAGACCACAUUGCAGGGGUGCGGGGCUGAGGGUCUAAGUGAGGAGGGUGUAAUAAAAUCCUUUAUUUUUCACUCUGA